AUGUCCCUCCCACGCACCCGCACCACCACCACCACCACCAUCACCCGCCUCCUCACCAAACGCCCACCCACCUACCUCAUCCCUCACACCCAAAUCCGCACCAUCAAAGCCGGCGCCGCCUCCUCAGCCAUCGAAUCCCCCUCCACGCUCCCCUCCUACCAUGACCGACUCGACCAGCCCCCAACCCCAACCCCCCAAUCGACGCUCUCAGCAGCCGAACAUCUCAUAACCACGCACCCACUCGUGCAAUCCCUGCGCUCGAACCCCUCGUACAAAGAAUCCCGUCCCCAUCUGCACAUGAAAUCCUCGCACCGGCCGAACCACUUCGUCGCGGGGACGCUCUCCGGCGCGAACAAGGUCACGGUGCCGCCGUAUAUGUUCACUUCUAUUGUCAACCGCAAACCUUGCUCCUCCCAGGAGGGGACAACAAAAGAAGGCAAGGAAUCUCCCCGCGCGCGCCUUAUCUCGGUCUUUCAUAUCGGGCCGCAACUCUGCGGACACCCUGGGUAUGUGCACGGAGGCCUGUUGAGCGUGAUGUUCGAUGAGGCGUUCGCGAGAUGCGUCUCGGAUUCAUUCAAGAGUGGGUUGGGCAUGACGGCGAAUUUGAAUGUGGAUUUUAGGAAGCCGGCGUUGCCGGAGCGGGUGUAUGUGCUGAAGGCGGAGACGAUUAAGGUGGAGGGGAGGAAGGCGUGGGUGGAGGGUGAGAUGAGGAGUAUGCCUGCUUCUGGUAGUGGGGAGGGUGAGGAAGGGGAGACCGUCGUGGCGGAGGCGAGGGCAUUGUUUGUGGAGCCGAAGUUUGCGGAGGUAAGUUCUUUCUUUUUUUCCCCAUUGGAGUUGAGUUUGAUGGAGGGAUGGGAUGAUGGCUGACUGAUUGGUGUUGUGUAGUCCAUGGUGCCGCUGUAUCGGAAUUGAAGUGUGAAAAAGGCGGAGACAGGAGAUAACAAUACCCUUUCAUUUCUUUGUGCGAUAGACUAUAGACCUAUGUAAUCAAUAGAUAGAUACAUCAGCAGACUAAUAGACUCACCGGCCUCGGAUACGAGUGGCAUUUCUAUCUAAAUGGAAGCAUGAAGCAACACCCCCGGACGCCCUUCC